AUGUCAAACGAAAAGGAGACUUCUUCUGCACCUGUUGAGAACAGCUUUACUGCUUCUGAUACAACAACUACAACUGCUACCACUGCAACUACAACGACUACGGCUACAACAGAUACGGAUAUGGUAGUGGAAAGUAACGAGCCUGAACCAUCAUCGAGACCUAGCGAGUCAGGUGCUAGCACCAACAGUGUCACCACAGGCAAUAAGCGACCAGCAUCUCAACAAUCGCAUGACCAUGGCUAUCGACAACGCAUCGCUUCAUGGAUUCAGCACGAAUCGGAUACCGAUCUUUACAUUCGCUCCCUUUCCGAGUCGCUCAUGAUUCACAAGGAGAUUGUUGAACGUAUUGAAAAUGAGAAGGAACAGUAUAUUGAAGCCGUCGAGCAAGAGCGUAAGCAGGAACGAAAGCAUGCCGAACAAGAACGACAAGCAGCUCAUCAAGCAUUGGAGACGCAACGCCAAGAAUAUGAUCGAUUGAUGCAAGCACACCAAAACGCUCUCGUUGAUCUCGACAAGAAACGCAAUGAAUAUGCGCGUAUGGAAGCCAACUAUUACUCGCAUAUGCGCACGAUUCGUGCCACAGAUGAUGACCUAUCAACCGUACAAAGUGAACUCAGCGCCGUACUUAGCCAAACAGCCAAUCUUUGCAUGAGCUUACGAUCCAAAGCCGACAAGGUUGCUGGUGCACGAUUUGUAUUGGAGCAUUGGCCUGAAAAGGAAGCUCUUAUUCGAGAACACAUGCUCAGCAAACAACAACAACAACAACAACAACCAGCCAAGAAACCCGACACUGAGGAUGAUCAGCAACAAGAAGAUCAAGACGAGAAGAAAGAAGAAGCGAUGAAAGAGGAGAACAAAGAGGAUGAGCCAAUGAUGAUGGAUGUUGGAUUUAUUGGCGUGUUCAUUGAAAAGUAUCUUGUGAAUAUGAUCCUUUCACGCAUCCUUCAACAAUCUUUACACCCUGGCGUGCCAAUCAAUGAUGCUUUCCAACAAGUAUUUGAAUGGAUGGACAAACGCAAUACAGAAUGGGCUACUCGAUUACGACAACAAAUGGUCGCACUCGUGGCACGUCAAGCUAUGGAUGAUGAAAGCGCUAUUGAGGAUGCCAAACAAGCACUUGUUAAAGAGAUGAUGGAGUCUUUGUCAAAGGUGUAUCCACAUGUUGACGGCAAUACAGAAAAGAAGCUGACGAAUAUUGUCAAUCGGGCCACCAAGCUCAACCUUGCUAUCAAGGGCCAGGAGGUGCUUGUUAAAGUACGAGAGAUUGAAGAAGGUGAAGCAACCUUUGAUUCAUCCACCAUGAAAGCGGCUAGUAAAGGCAAGGCUGAAGGAACGGUGACCAUUGUUAUCUCCCCUGGCUUUUCUGCAAGUGAUCCCACGGAUGAAGAACAUGGUUUCCUUGUGCCUGCAAAGGUGCUCUGCUUGUAA